CAAGCAAUGUCGCUCGAUUUUCAUAUGAUUAAGUCAAUUGCUCUUGUAUAAUAAAUAAAAAUGUUUUACUGAAGUAUUCAAAUUUCGUUAGUAUCGUUAUUUUUAUUUAUUUAUUUUUUUGAUAAAUAAAUGAUUCUGUUAUUUAAAACUACAAAUAUUUUAUAUAAAAAAUGACUGCUACCAAAACUGAUCAAAAUUCUGUUAAAAAAUCAAAAAUUGGUCCCUUUCAGUUUAAAACACAACCGGAAUAUGUGUAUUCAACUGCUAUUAUCAUCGGAUAUUUUAUUACUAUCUAUGGACUUUUUACUUUUCCGUAUAGUUUGUCAAAGAAGACUAUUUUGUGGAAUUUCGCCAUAGGACUUUUUGCGAAAUUUGGAGAAACCGCUGGUGUUCAUCGUCUAUGGAGUCACAGAUCUUAUAAAGCGAAACUUCCUCUCCGAAUAUUUCUUCUUUUGUGUUAUUACCUCACUUUCUGGUAUAAAGCUAUUGAUUGGAUAAAAUUCCAUCGAGUACAUCACAAAUAUACGGACACUGAUGCAGAUCCACAUAAUACAAAACGGGGAUUUUUUUACUCACACGUAGGAUGGAUUAUGUUAAAAAAACAUCCGGAAGUUAAAAGGCGUAUUAAAGAACAUGAUUUUAGUGAUAUUUAUAAUGAUCCUGUGUUAACGAUUGGAGAAAAGUAUUUUAUUCCGCUUGGACUGACAUUGUCCAUCAUUAUUCCUACACUUGUGCCAGUUUAUUAUUGGAAUGAGACCUGGAAAACUGCACUGUGGGCUGUAUUUUUGCGAUAUUCAAUUGGAGCUAAUGUUACCGGGACCAUAAAUAGUUUCGCACAUUUCUAUGGAAACAAACCAUACGAUAGGGACAUAACGUCGGUUGAGAACAGAAUAUUGUCGAUAAUAACAUUGGGCGAAGGAUGGCAUAAUUAUCAUCAUGUAUUUCCCUUCGACUAUAAAGCAGGAGAACUUCCAAUUUAUCCCUUCAAUAUGACAACAUUAUUUCUUGAUAUGUUUGCAAAAAUUGGAUGGGCUUAUGAUUUAAAGACAGCCUCGGCUGAAAUGAUCCAGAAACGUGUCAAGAGAACAGGCGAUGGCACUCAUCAUCUCUGGGGUUGGGGCGACCAAGAUCAAUUGCCUGAGGAAAAAGAACAAGUCAUUAUCACACAUCAAUCAAAAUUAAAUCACUAAUUACAAUUUCAGCCGAUAAUUAUCAAUUUUUUUGAAAGAAAGCAAAUAAUUGUCACCAUUUAAAUUAUAAUUGAGAAUUUUGAAUUUCAAAAAAUACGAGAAUAAAAGUUUUUGAAAAAUUU